AUGCGAUUGUUUGAUCCACAGAAGCGACGUGGGAUGAGGAAUGAGAGGUUGUCUGCUGCUGCCGAUACUAAACGAGAGGCCAAGAAGAAAGCAUACCUCAACGCAAUCCGUGAGCAAGGCAUCAAUACAAGCAUCACACCUACAAAAACAGAUUCAAACUUUGCUGUAACCAAUGCAUCCAUUGAAACAGUGAACAGUCGAGACCACGAUUUCAAUGAUUCCACAGCCAAAAAAGGGAAAGACAGUGAAGACGACGAGGCCAUCAAACUAGUAGAGUGGUUGGAAAAUGAAUUGAAAAAUGAUGUAAAGGAGAUUGAAACAGAAUUGGAAUUCUGA